GGAUUUUAGUAUCUGUUAUUUCCCUCAUUUUCUUUUCCCCAAAUGAAUUGAUUCGUGGAAAAAAUAUGGAUUAGGGGUUAACGAAACUCAUUACAUGUUUCACAACCAGCUUGAAAAAAUUUGAAUUUAAAUCGAUCGAUCUACUUGAGUACCAAAAAUGAGAAAUUGAUUCGACAUGCUGGAACGUUCGGGUAACAAAAUUAAUUAUUUUUUUAACCAACAAAUCUAAUUAACAUUUAUAUUUGUUUUCUUGACAAAAUUGAUUUCUUAAACAAUCAAUACUUAAUAGUUGAAAGGCGUGCUAAAGCCUGAAUGCAAUUUAAUUUUAACGAUCUUCCUUAAAUACCCCCGCCUCAUUAUCUCACGAAUUUUAACAAAGGGGAACGGAUAAAGAAGUAAAAUAAAAAACAGAAACAGAAAAAAACUAUAAAUAUCCUUACCGGUUUUCAGAAUUCGCUCUAAUACUAGAUUACAAAGGAAAUUUCUACUCCCUCUACAUCAACAAUCAUCUAUUCCCAGUCCCGACUAAGACCCUGUGCAGGGUGAGCAACUACACAGGGCCCCAAAAUUUAAUGGCCCAAUUGUAUAUUGUUUUGUCCAAAGUAAAAAAAAAAAAAAAGCUAAGUUACUUUCAUGCUGCCCACUACUUUUCUGAGAAAGUAUAGUCCCAUACCCGGUAUGGGACAACUUUUCUCAUAUCAGUUACUUGAUAUGAUUAGAUGUAGCUCAAAUAUGAUUUAAUAACGAACUGAUAUGAUUUGAUGUAACCCAAAUAUGAUUUAAGAUUUCAACUAACAAGCCCCCAAAAAAAAAUAUGAAAAAAAAAAUUAUAAUUUUAAUAUUAUUUUUGUCAUAAAAAUUAUAUAAAUGCCAUAGUAUUGACACAUACCCAAUAUGGGAAUAUAAUUGCUCCUACUUUUCUAUCCCUUCCAAUUUACAAAACUUAACUCCUCGUCUCCUCCUUUAUUGUUCUCAGCCUCCAAAAAAAAAUUUCACUCUUCCCAAUUUCCAUUACAAUUUACAGCUCUAAUCCUCAAUUCCCAAAGAGAAAUAAAAAAAAAAAGGUGUUUUUGAGUUCAAUUUAAUCUUCAUAUUCCUCGUAUGAUUUUCAGAUUAUAAGAAGAGGUAAUUCAUCCCUAAUAUAGAUAAGUUUUGAUUUGAGAAAUCUGAACCCACAACAUUAAAACCCAAUAAAUUUAAAAAUGGAGGAAAAGUUAUCACCAACACCUUCUCCAAUUCAACAUCUUUCUCAACAUUGCAAUGCAAUGAAUUUUGCUGAAGGUUUUCGUGAUAAUCCUGCUCCUUCCCACAUCAAAAACGAUGUUGUUUCCGCCAUUAAUUCGGACUUUAUUCAGUACAGAUAUGGAGGAUAAUAGUUCCAAGAUGAUAAGACUCAAUAGCAGUAGGCUUGAUUAUAUCAGUGAUCUGCCGAGGGAUGUGAUAUACAAAAUCUUGGAAUGCUUGCCUCUCAAGGAUGCUGCACGAAUGUGUUUUCUUUCGCACAAGUGGCAUGACAUUUGGACUUCGAACCCCUAUCUUGUUUUUAAUCAUGCAUUUUUUGAAAGUGUCCUUAAAGUGGAAAUCUGCAAGACCGAUAAACUUCACAGUAUUGUGAGCAAAAUACUCUUUCAACAUGAAGGUCCCAUUCUUAAGUUCGCAUUGUAUGUUCCUCCUGUACAAUCCUGUCUAGAUGUUACACAGUGGAUAUCCUAUCUUUCAAGAAAUAAUGGUCUUAGGGACUUUAGCCUGUGUAGUACGUACCGUAUGCCUCUUUGGUUGAGCUCGCGUCUUUUCUCGUGUGUUGACUUGGAGAAGUUGAAGCUUACUUCCUGCGUCUAUUUCAGCCCUCCUCCUAAUUUCAGGGGCUUUCCGAAGCUGAUAAGCCUUGAGCUCGACGGAGUCAAAGUAAAUUACAGCACUUUCGAAAAUCUAAUUGGCAGUUGUCCUCUACUACAAAACAUAGUUUUAAAGAACUAUAUUGGAUUGGAGCAUAAGAACUUUACCAUUGAUGCUCCUAACCUCAGAAACUUGACUCUUGAUUGGGCUUUCGAGUCAGUUUAUCUGAAAAGUUGUGAUAAUCUUGUGUCAGCUUCGAUUGGUAUGUCAAAAUUGGUUAAUGUCUGUGACAAGGCCAGUUUACAUGGUCUGUUAAAAGUUCUUACAAAUUCGAUCAAACUUGAAAGGCUUUGCUUAAGAAGUCAUUUAUGUAGGAUUUUCUUUAAAGAAGGUAACCUUGGUACCUUUCAGAACCUGAGAAAUCUGGAGUUGGUAGGGCUUCCUUUGGUUUUUCUGGAUGAUUUCUCUUCUACCAUUAGCUGUGUACAGAGCUUUCCUAACAUUGAAACGCUUGUAAUCUAUGUUCAGAGCAGCGCCAAUCUAGCUGAGCGUCUGCUGGACUACAAUUCUGACUCUACAUUGCAUCACCUCCGUUAUGCUAGAGUUUUGUUUUCGGUUCCUUCUAAUACACAGAUGAAGUUUUUCGAGUAUUUGCUUGCUUGCUCCCCUGUGCUUGAGAAAUUAGUAGUACAUUUCUAUUCCUCCGACAAGGGCACCUCUACAUUGAAUCUGUUAAGAUUGUCAACGGAGUUAAAUCGGUUUCGUAGAGCAUCACGAAGGGCAGAAGUCAUCUGCAAGGGUUUAGGAAGGGAGUGAUACAUGGAUUGUUUAUUGGUGUGUGGUACAAUUUUUUUAUAAUAGCACAGUAGCACAGAAUAGUUGAAUCAAAAGGCAAAUGUUCAAUAACUUCAAUUCCCCGGUUUGCAAUAUGUUGUAAAUUUUUAAAAGACUUUCUCACUCCCUCACCCGUCCAAUGAACUGGUCAGUCAGGCUACAACAGAUAUACACCCAUUGUUAAUGUUGCUAUCAAGCUAUGAGUUGGUGUUGAGUUGCUCUAUUUGCUUCAUUUUAUUUGGGUAGAAUUUUCAUUUAUAUUUCA